AACUAAAUCCAUUGGAGUCCUUUUGAAAAAGGAGCGUCAGAAUUCCUCCUCCACUCCCAACCCUGGGGUCAAUUGGUUGCUGGGUCAAUUCUGCAGUCCCAUGGCUUUGCUAUUUAGUGUAUUUAGGCCAGUGUGCCAGGGCCAGGUAUGAAACACCAAUAGAAGAGACCGAAUCUGAGCACAAGAAUGAGAAUUAGGGACAGUGGGAAAGCCACAGCAGAGCCUCCAUCAGUGUUUCUGGACCCUCAAUGUGUGGUGGGACUGAGAGACGGAAGGAUUGUUUUAAGUUUUUAGUUAUCCCUAGUGCUGGGAACCUAUGUAACGAGUUUAUGAUUUGAUUUAUAUGUGGGUUAAUUAGCGAGGUGUUUUAAUGAAGAGGGAGAACAGCAGUGAUUUAGGACUUUGGAGCAGAGUCUUUGGGGCUUUUAGCACAAAGAUGGCUAAAAAUAAGGAGAACAAAGGGGAAAAGAAACCAAGUGAACACAGUGAAUGGGACCUUUAGGAGCUGCAGGGGAAAGGCAGAAACUCCUGGCACACAUGAACCUUGCAGACAUGGUAAAUGUGAUGCUCUCCUGCCCUCUCUGCUUUCCUUCCAGGACUUCAGGCUGCUGAGGCUGGGAGCAUUGCUUGGUUCCCAAGGGGAGAACGCAGGUUUGUGAAGGACAGCUCUGUGCUGUGCAAUUACAAGUGAUGCUCUACAGAACCAGCUGACCCAGGAGCUUGCUCAAGUGCAAUUGAACCCUAGGAGUCAGAAAUGCCUUUGCUGCACAUCUCUUUGCCAUUGGCAUGGGCACAGCGUGAUGCUGAGCCUGGCAUCCCCCAGCCCCAGUCUUCACCCUCCUCCUGUAAUCAGAGUUUUACAAAUCAGAAAAUUGCACAUUAAUGCUUCGGUUUUAUUCCUGUUCAUCACCACCCAGCGCUGCUUGCUUAUUAUCUUAACUCCUCAGAACGAUUUCUCCUCCCAUCCCCACUGCUCACUUUAUUCUUGAUGGCUGCUCACGAUGGUAUUGAGCCAGCUGCGCUGUGGUUUGCAGCAGCACAGAUUAACAUUUCCACUUUAAUUGCUGCCUGCCUGGGAAAAUGCAGGCCAAGCUGUCAUUCAAGCAAUGCAAUUGCACCAUGGAAAGUCUUUUCAUUUGCUGGUGCAUCUGUUAAAUGAUUUCAUAUGCUACAGGAGGGGGACAGCAAAGCUGAGACGACUCUGCGUGGGGAAGGGCACCGUGUAAGGUGGGAGCUGAUGGAUAAAUAUAGCUUGGGCUUACAGAAUGCAGUGAUUUAAUUUGGAAGCUGGCAGCUUGGUGUACACACUGCCCAAGAAAUAAGAAUGGCUCCGGCGUGCAGCUUGAGAGCUUCAGGCUUUAAAAUGUCAAAUAAAGCAUUAGCCAAAUGCCAUCAUUUUAGAAAUCUUGCAUCAAAGUUUGCAGGUGACACCAAGCUGGGAGAAAGGGUUGGCCUGUGUGAGGGUAGGAAAGUGCUACAGAAGGUUCUGGAUGGGCUGAUCAAUGGCUGAAGCCAAUGGCCUCUUCUCCCAGGUAACAACAAUAAGAAAGGUGGUGGCCUCAGGUUGUGCUGGGGAGGUUCAGGUUGGGUAUUAGGAAAUGCUUCUCUAAGAGAGUAGUGAUGCAUUGGCACAGCUGCACAGAGCCAUGGGAUGUGGGCAUGGUGGGAUGGGUUGGGGUUGGACUUGGGCAUCUUCGACAUCUUUUCCAACUUUGAUUUUGUGAUUCUAUUCUAUGACCCUUCCCAUCAGGGGAGACAAUGCACUGCCAAAGUCAGCCAACUCUGUCCCUGUGUAACAACCAGUGCAAGCAGGGUGGUGAGCCAAAAGGACUGCGGUGUAAGCUCUUUUGCUGUGCUGAAUUGCUCUUCAUCUCCUAAGACCUAAUGUGAGAAACUCUAGCACCAUAGAUGGGUAAAUAUGGGGCCAAGCAUUUGGGUGCAGCCCUGAGUCACAUUACUUCUCCAAACCUCACUAUAAUUCUCCAUUUCUCUCUGCAAGUGAGAAGCACUGCACCACUGCUGCCUUCCCCACCAGAGAUGGGGCUUUUUAAAACAUUUCCCAGGGCAGUGAACCACGCAGUGGACAGCAAUGCAUUUUUCUUUACUUCUCCAAACUGCAGCACACUGCAGAAAUGAAGGUUUUUCCCUUUGUAGGUGAUCCCAAGUGCUUCCCAGCAUCGAGGGAGCAAGAUCACACAGUGGCUGCAUUUCCCUUAACCUGUCCCAGCAUUUCCCAGCUCCUCCAGCCUCACUUUUGCUCCUUUUGUUAAACAUCAAUCUUCUCUCCUGUUUUCCAUUUUCACAGCCAUGUUGUGGAGGCUGGUACGGAGACCCCCCCUGUAUGGUCUCACGCUGCUGCUUUCCUGCUCCACGCACCUUCUCCUCUAUUUUGUUCCCAUAUUCCUACCCAGGCAGCUGCAGGCUCGAGACAGAGCUGAGGCAGAGGCUCUGCCCCAUCUGCAGCGGGCAAACACGGACUUUGUUCUCCAGCACUGAGCUCCAAACGAUCGCCUGGCGGAAAUCUGCUCCGUUUCUGUUCCAUUUGGGGCUGCCGCUCACCCUCUGCUGCUGCAGGACACAUCACUGCAGGAUCACCCCCAGCUCCGCCAGCACUCUGGGAAUGCCAAGAGAUCCUGCCUGCAACACCAUUAACAAUUUUCCGGAGACCCCCGCAGAACACCCACCGAAUUGAACCUUCCUGCACAGAGCUCCGCUGUCGAUUUCGGCAACAAAGGCGAGCAGCAGGCGCAGCAAAGGGUUAACUCCGGCUCUUCGCGUUUCUGCCUUCCCUCUUUCAGGCUGGGUUCCUGCCAGGAGGAAGCAGUUCAAGUUGAAGGCUGGUGGUGCGUGCAGCAGCAUCGGGCGCAUGUCUGCGCUCCCCAGCAGCCGGAGCUGGGAGGGUCUGGCAGGCAGCGAGCGGCCGCCCCGGGAUGGCACAGGGCUCCGAGUGCCGAAACUCCCUCCUCUAUUACUACAGCAUCAAAUUUGCUUUGUCCACCUAUGCCACUCUCUUCUCGAUCAUCGGCCUCGUGAUCCUGUGCAUUGGGAUUUAUGCCGAAGUGGAGAGGCAGAAGCACAAAACCUUGGAAGGGAUGUUCCUUGCUCCUGCCAUCAUCCUGCUUCUGUUGGGCUUCACCAUGUUCAGCGUCUCCUUCGUCGGCAUGGUGGGGAGCCUCAGGGACAACCGGACGCUUCUGAAGAUAUUCUUUUGGGUCCUUCUGGUGAUCUUCAUCACAGAGCUGCUGCUGAUAUUCAUUGAAAUCAUCUUUGAAAACAAGAUGAAUGCAGUUUUGCACUCUAACAUUCAAGAGGGCAUUCGGCACUAUUAUGACGACCUUGACUUCAAGAACAUCUUGGAUUUUGUCCAAGAAAAGUUUUCUUGCUGUGGUGGUGAUGAAUACCGAGACUGGGAGGUUAAUCUGUACCACUCCUGCAAUGGCAGCGGACCGCUUGCGUGCGGCGUGCCCUACACAUGCUGCAUCAGGAAGGUCCCUGGAGAAGUCAUUAACACCCUGUGUGGAUACAGGACACUCGAUAAAGAGCGCCUGGAGCUGCUCGAUGUCAUCCACGUGCGAGGCUGCAUCCACGCCGUGGGGCUGUGGCUGAAAGACAACUUUGAGUCCACUUUGAGCAUUGUUUGCUCCCUGCUGCUUCCCCAGGUGGUCGGCCUGGUGAUGGCGUGGCUGUAUUGGCAAAAGCUCAAUGAGAUUUACUCCCAGCUGGACACCGUGGACUUCAGGAUGCUGGAGGUGCGCGAUUUCAGCUUCGGGGCUUUGGAUCUGAGCGGUGCAGGCUGGUGCUGGUGCUUGCCCAAGGAAGGAGGAUACAUCCCUGUCAAUCCCAUGGAGGAGGAAGAGGAAGAAGAAGAGGAGGAAGGCGUGUGUGCUGCAGCCAAGAGUGAGGAGCUGGAGGGCUGAAAGCAACGGUGGAAAAAGAAGCUUUCAGUAAAACUCUCAGUGAGGCAGCUGAUGCUGAAUGUGAAAAUGUUGCAAUGUAUUCUCAGGUUCAGGAGAUCCCUUUGGGGAAAACUGCAAAGUAGCAUUGGGAGGCUGUAACAGUGCAAUGCAUUGUGUGGGCACAUGAGCUACCCGGGGCCCUUUUGCUACAUUGCUGACUUGAAGUAUUUGUACAUCUUUUUUAAAAAAAAUUUUUACACAAUAAAUGUGACUGCUGUUCUA